AAGUAAUAUCAAUAUCGAAGCGUGGGCUUUAAUAGGAACAAAUGAACACAUUUCAGCUAAAAAUCCUGUUGAUGCAUGAGAUGAAACAAGCUGGUGGGGACGUUUCCAGAGACCCUGGCGCGCAGCUGAGUGCAUAUGGCGCACAAAACGUCUCAUCUUCCCUCAACCUACAAGUGAGAGACUUCACUUCGGACACGUCAGUGGUGGAUAAGGACUGGAGACUUUGAUAGAAUGGGGAUCUCUUCACAAUAACUUCAACAUAAGAAGAAAAAAUGACAUCUAGUGCGUUUAGAAAACCGUGACUAACUCGUGCUCGUAUUCUUGUUGAUCUGGAGCUUAUGGGAAGAUGCACACGUUGAAUUGAUUCUAUCGGAUGGUAUUUUGACCUUCUCUGGAUGUGGUCACACAGUUUUUCGGGUGAAGAUAGAAGGAAGUUUGAAAGGACAUAUAAUGAGAAUAACACACUGCUAGCGGUACUGAGGCUGCGAGCUGCAUCUGGAGCACACGCGAGGAGAGCAGACAGAGGCGCGCGCUUCUGUUGUAGACAGAUACGUGGGAAAGAGAAUGUGUAGAGCCUGCUAUUUCGAAGUAAACCAUGGCUUACCAUUGAGCUUUCUUUGAGGAUUUAAGGACAUUUCCAAAAAAAACGGUUGUUUAAAAGAAGUUGACAGCUCAUCUUCUAUGGAGUCCCAUUGCAAUUUUGGAGACUCGAUGUGGGACAAAAAUGGACCGCACGAACGGACUGAGCUCCAGGAUUAUCGUUGUGUUGCUCCACAGUAAGAUGUAGCCUGUUGUGUGUUCUUGGUGCUUAUGGAAACUUAAUUGCUACAUUUUCAUAAAACAUAAGCUACAGAUGCCACGUUUCAUGCGUAAAGAUUCGGACGAUGUAUUUAUUUUGUUGUAAUGAUGCGUGUGCAUUUCAAUUCAACAAUAUUGCAACUGCAUGUCUACAUUUCCAUCAGCGUCCAAAGCAUCAGGCAGCUUGUCCAGUGCAUGUGCCCUGCAAUUGCUUGUCCUGGAUGGAGCGUCAAUAAGGGCACGAAUAUAAUCACACGGACACGCCUCGUCAGUCAUUAAACAAAUCAGAUAAACACAGUGUUAAUAUGAUCAAUAGACUGUAUCGACGAGCCAGUAUAUAAGGCUAAUGAUUGGCCUAGCCUCUGUUUACUUAACAUGCCUACGAGAAUAUGGUGUAAAAUUUUCAGAUGACUGCUGACAGGUCAUUGAAAUAGACAUAUGAUAAAGCAGAGUAAAAGUUUAGAUUCGUAGGUACAUCAUAUUAAACUCUUCAAUAACAGAUGGAAUACCCAUAGUUGAAAACUGCUGCUCUAACAGUAGAAUGUCUUCAAGAAUUCAUGAACAGGGUGCAUUUUUUGGCUAAUUUAUAAAGAGUGCUUUUUGAAAUAUUUAUAGACACUAUUCUGCAGGAUGAUUGCUGUGAUGAGCAUGGUGAACCAGCCUCCAGACUUGAUGGUCCCCAGGCAAGCGGCCAAGGGUCCAUUUUCCAUCUAAUUGGCCUGAGUUCAGGUGAUUGGAAUUAUGGGGUGAUUUCUAUCUCUACAAGCUGACAGAAACAUGGAUUUGAACUUCUCCACGGUCCGCGAUAGCGAUAAUUUGCUGGAGAGAGACUCAUCCAAGCGCGUUCUGACAGGCUGCUUUCUCUUUGCGCUCAUCCUGACCACACUGCUGGGGAACACACUGGUAUGUGUUGCAGUCACCAAGUUCCGCCACCUGCGCUCAAAGGUCACCAACUUCUUUGUGAUCUCUUUGGCCAUUUCAGACCUGCUGGUGGCCAUCUUGGUGAUGCCAUGGAAGGCAGCAACAGAGAUCGUGGGCUUCUGGCCGUUCGGUGCCUUCUGUAAUGUUUGGGUGGCGUUCGACAUCAUGUGCUCAACAGCGUCCAUUUUGAACUUAUGUGUCAUCAGCGUGGACAGAUACUGGGCGAUCUCAAGCCCAUUCCGCUACGAGAGGAAGAUGACACCCAAGGUGGCGUUUAUUAUGAUCAGUGUGGCAUGGACGCUGUCUGUGCUCAUCUCUUUCAUCCCUGUGCAGUUGAACUGGCACAAGGCUGCGGCGUUGGAGCUCAACGGCACUUACGGUGAGCUGCCGCCGGACAACUGCGACUCCAGCCUUAACAGGACCUAUGCCAUCUCCUCCUCCCUCAUCAGCUUCUACAUCCCUGUGGCAAUCAUGAUCGUGACUUACACCCGGAUUUACAGAAUUGCCCAGAUACAAAUCAGGAGGAUCUCAGCACUGGAGAGGGCUGCGGAGAGUGCCAAGAACCGCCACAGCAGUAUGGGGAACAACUCCAACAUGGAGACGGAGAGCUCCUUCAAGAUGUCUUUCAAAAGAGAAACCAAAGUCCUAAAGACCCUCUCUGUCAUAAUGGGGGUGUUUGUGUGCUGCUGGCUACCCUUCUUCAUCCUCAACUGCAUGGUACCCUUCUGUGAGCCCAACGGCACCUCUGAUUUCCUCUGCAUCAGCCCCGGCACCUUCGACGUGUUCGUCUGGUUCGGCUGGGCCAACUCCUCACUCAACCCCAUCAUAUAUGCCUUCAACGCGGACUUCCGCAAAGCGUUCUCCAUCUUGCUGGGCUGCCACAGACUCUGCCCGGGCAGCAAUGCCAUAGAGAUAGUGAGUAUCAACAACAAUGGAUCCCAGCCGCCUGCGUCCCAGUAUCAGCCCAAAGGGCACAUUCCCAAGGAAAGCAACAAUGCCACCUAUGUGAUUCCCCACAGCAUCCUGUGUCAGGAGGAGGAGCUGCAGAAGAAGGAUGGGAUUGGGAUUAAGACCUUGGAGAAACUGUCCCCGUCCCUUUCUGGGAACUUGGGCAGCGAUGCCGAUGUGUCACUGGAAAAGAUUAAUCCUAUAACUCAGAACGGCCAACACAAAACUGUGACAUGUUGAGGGGUGUAUGUAUUGGUAUACAAACAAGAGAAGGAACUCAAAGGGAGAGACUUGGCAGUAUGCCUAGCAGAAGUGUGAUAUAUACAAACUGAGCUUCACUGCGAACCUUAAAACUCGAAUCACUAUGGAAAUCUACAGAAUGUUUCAAAUGAAGGCACUUUAUCCUGGAUAACUAUCUGCAAAACACCUUCAGCAUUUAUUAUUAAAGUAUAGACAGAUUUGUUGAUAAAUGUUCCAUAACUUGAAUAAAGUAAAACAAAAUACACACGUGUAUACAUGUGUUGUAUUUACAAAUAUGUAUACAUUUGCAUGUGUACACAGUAGUGACAAAUAUCCUGGAAGCUGUUAUAACAUGGAGAAAGAAGUAGAAAUAUUAGCAAAAUGUCUCGUAGGUAAGUGCUUUACAUUUAUAUGUACAGCGUGUUUCAUAUUCUUACAAAGAUAACUAUAAAGAUAAUUGGUUUUGAUUGUUUUUUUCGGUGUCAACCACAUUGUGUAAUUAUUUUACAUUUUAUUUACAAUAUUCAUCAUAAUUUAUUAGAGAGUUGAAUACACUUCUGGUUAAUGAUAACUGACUAAAAUCAUAUGGAGAGAGACCAUAGGACGGUGAAAAUGGUUCAAAACAACCCUCAUCAACUCUUGCAUUUGUGUUGUUGUGAAAUUGAAGUGGUAAGCCUCAGCGUGGGAGGGUUGUGGUAAGGUAUGCAUGUAUGCAUUUGAUAUUUGGAACACGUUGUCAGUAACGGAGGCUUUAAAUACCUUUCAUUUUCACAGAGAUACAACGUCUUAUGCCAAGUAUGUCAUAUUUCUAUAUAUUUUAGUUGCAUUCCCCUUUUGUAGUACAUGAUUUUUCUAAUUGGGAAAUGCAAAAGUGUUGAUGGAGCUCACUCUGAUUGUCACACCGGAUUUCAAAGAAUCUUCUGUCAAACCUGAUUUUAAAGAACCUUCUGUCAAACCUGAUUUUAAAGAACCAGCUGUUAAACCUGAUUUUAAAGAACCUUCUGUCAAACCUGAUUUUAAAGAACCUUCUGUUAAACCUGAUUUUAAAGAACCUUCUGUCAAACCUGAUUUUAAAGAACCUUCUGUCAAACCUGAUUUUAAAGAACCUUCUGUCAAACCUGAUUUUAAAGAACCAGCUGUUGAACCUGAUUUUAAAGAACCUUCUGUCAAACCUGAUUUUAAAGAACCUUCUGUCAAACCUGAUUUUAAAGAACCAGCUGUUAAACCUGAUUUUAAAGAACCUUCUGUCAAACCUGAUUUUAAAGAACCUUCUGUCAAACCUGAUUUUAAAGAACCUUCUGUCAAACCUGAUUUUAAAGAACCUUCUGUCAAACCUGAUUUUAAAGAACCAGCUGUUGAACCUGAUUUUAAAGAACCUUCUGUCAAACCUGAUUUUAAAGAACCUUCUGUCAAACCUGAUUUUAAAGAACCAGCUGUUAAACCUGAUUUUAAAGAACCUUCUGUCAAACCUGAUUUUAAAGAAUCAGCUGUCAAACCUGAUUUUAAAGAACCAACUGUCAAACCUGAUUUUAAAGAACCAACUGUCAAACCUGAUUUUAAAGAACAAACUGUAAAAUCUGAUUUUAAAGAACAAAUUGACAAAACUGAUUUUAUAGAACACACGCUCAAAUCUGAUUUUAAAGAACAAACUGUCAAACCUGAUUUUAAAGAACAAAUUUACAAACCUGAUUUCACAGAACAAACUGUCAAAUCUGAUUUUAAAGAACAAACUGUCAAACCGGAUUAAAGAAAACUAACUGGCAAACCUGAUUUAAAAAAAUAACUGGCAAAGCUGAUUUUAAAGAACAAACACCAUGUGUCUUUAACAGUCCCGUGUGAAACAGGGCCUACUUUCUAAGCCCUCCUAGCACCCAUCAUCGUAUCAGCAAGUCAAGUCAAGUCUACCAGUGUAGCUGUAGCAUAGGCAUCACCGUGGACACAGCUCUCUCCCAACUUCAUCCCCAUUUCUCUCUCUCACUAGACACUUCUUCCCCUAAAAAGUGUUACCUCUUCACACUCUUAGGGCAUCAGUGAUCCUUUUGGCAAGUCAGGGCCCAUCAGACAUUUCUUCAAAUGUUUUAGAAUGGGCAUCCUAUUCCCUAAAGGCUCUGGUCAAAAGUAGUGCACUAUAUUAGGAGGCAACCUUCUACUGUCCUAAUGCAGAGAGCUGAUUCUGAUUCUAUUAACGGUCAGUUUGCAUGGAAACAAUCAGCUUAGUGAGCAGUAGUAAAUGCUGUCAAUGCAUAAUUGAAAAAUGUAAUUAUUGCACCUUAUGCAAGUCAACAGUCACACAACCAGAACACAAUUGACCUUUGGUAAACCGCUGAAAACUGAUAUUGUGAAUUGUUUUAGCUGGAGCUGUGAUGUUUUAGGGAACAGUGGGAAUGUUGUUGUGCUCAUAGCAGCCAGAUUGAAAACACCCACUGUAUGCUUUGGUCCUGUCACUCUUCUGAUCAAAUAUCUAAUUUGUAACUGUGACUGUUGAGUUGUUUUCUAUGCAGUAUUGAAUUUGACCGAUGGCAAACAAUACGCUGUUCGUGAAAAUGAGGAGCAAUUAUAUAGAGCUAGUGUGGUUAAGGCUUUCAAUUAGUACCUGUAUGGUUUUUCAUUUCAGGAGGCAUUGCAUGAAUCGACAUUGGAAUUAGGACAAUUGGAUUUUGGGGUGUGAAUUGGGUGAAGGACAUAUUUUAACACUCUUUACAAUUCCCAAUUUAUCAUAGCUCCAUGAUGGGAAGUCUACGGGACAUGGUUUUGAUGUCAAAAUGAACUAGAGUUAAUGCAUUGUGGCUCAGUUGUUUCCAGGCCUCAACCUUGUUCUUGUAUUGCCAGGGUUAAAAGCAUGGAGUUGUCAUACAUCAAUGGUAAUUUAAUAGUAUUAGUCUUAAAUUGGUUCUGGGAAAUCAAAUUUGGUAUAAAUGCAACAGGGAGAAUGUUUUUGAAUCAGCACCUAGCUCCACCCCCUCCUGUAAUCCUAUUGAGUUUUUAUGACCUCAUUUUAUUUGCCUGGCCCUGGAUUCUUAAGAGUGUAUUUCCAUCAAGUCUAGCCUUCUAUGAAAAGUGCCAAAAUAUGAACUGUCUCUGAGAAGACCUCUGUCUCGGUCAUUAUGUAGAUGAAGGUGGAACGUGCCCACUGCUCAGCUCUACUCGAAUUGUCAAGGGGUGCUAGAAGCCAUCAAUUCCAUAAUAAACAAGUUUAAAAAAAGUGCUGACUUGAUAUAGUAGCAUCUGAUUUUAAAAAGGUUUUUCCCAAUGCAUUAUGUCUUUGAUGAAGGCAAAACUGCAGCAACUACGUGAAGGUUGGCUUUUUUCCAUUUUCUACCAUAUCAGUUGUCCUAUUCCCAAAUAUUGACCAGUCUCUCAAUGAUGAACUAUAUCCUUUGCUUAUAAUUUAUUUUCUAAUUAUCUACAAACAUGAGUCCGCUCAAAUCUACGAUAAAAAAUUAACUCUGCAUAAUCUGAGCAGCUAUGGGGAACAUUCCAGGAGACUUUCUUUGUUUGCUCAGUGCUCCUCCUGUCAGGCCCUGUCUAAUCAGUGGAGAAGCUGUUACUCAGAGGGAUUUAGUUCAUUAGUAAACAAUCCUUCCCUGCUGUUCCCCUCUGAGGUUCUAUCACAACACGCACACCUGGGCAUACAACUAGGUAAUUGGGCCUGCAUAAAGAUGCCCUAUAUAAACAAUUGUCUAUUCAUAUUUUGUUUCCAAUGAUUUUGCUGAAUGUGAAGUUCAUGCUGUGAGAUGACAAUGUUUUAUAAAGUUUUAUGAGUUUCAUUUUCUUAGCCAUAUGAACAAUUAUGACACUGGCAUGGCACUUUGAAGUAUCAGGAUUUGUCCAGAGUUUUUGGUUUUAUACAUUUAUACAGAUUAAUAUUCAUUUUGGUUUUAGAUGGUUUAACUAUCUUGCUUGUUGCUAUAUUUGUAUAAUUCCUGAGAUAGAUUUAAGCCGCCAAAUUUACCAGUCAUGUUUAACUCUGCUCACCACAGUUUGCUGGCACUUUAUGAUUUGGGCAUUACAUUGCAAAAUUACAAAAGCAGAAUGCCUUGUUUGCUCAAAUGUCUUUCCUAGGGGUGCCCCACAGGUUAUGAGAAACAAGUGUAUUGUUCUGUCUAGAUGUUUGUUGUGACAUCACAUGUAACAGUGCUUUUGUUAACCUAGCUGACAGCAAAGCAUUCCUCUGCAUCAAAUGACAAACAGGAAAAUAUAACUGUCUCCUUGUAUGACAUUAAACAACAUCCUUUUUGGAUGGGUCCAACUGCAAGGGUUUUGUUCUCCAGCUCAUUUUGUUAAGGUUAUUUAUUUAUGGUGGCACCCCUACCUCGACAUUCAACAGCAAAACUUCAUCUAACAUAAAAUGAAAAACAGUAUUGUAUAAUGUUCAGAUCUAGAUGUGAACACAAGUGCUUUUUAAAAAAAAAAUCUUAGAAUCCUUAAAUGUGAGUAGAAAACUGUUUGUGCUGUUUUUCAGUGUGGAUUAAUUGAAAAGUCAAGGCACUCGUCAGUCAGAUUAAAUAAUGUUCUGCAGUUGUCAAGAAGGUGUUGAAGAAAAACAAUCCUCAAAUGUAUUACAAUACCUAGUUUACAGUUUGUACAAUAUGUGCCCUUACUACAUGUAGAAUAAACGUGUAUGUUCAUUUUU